UGUAAAUCGAAUGUGCCAAUGCCGUUGUUGUUAAUAUUCCUUGAAUCUCACGCAGCCAAUCGGCGAGGGGUAAAAAAACUCCGAUACACAUAGAAAAAUAAUUCCACCCAUAAGUUCCCAUUUGCUCCAAGAAUUGCACAAACGCAUUCGAAAUGCCAAUAUGAAUCGAAGCCUUGCGGUGGCAUAUGGUCGCCCAUUACUGCGGACUAUCAAUAGAAAUUGGCUUGUCCAAAGAAACUCCUUUGCGAGUGUUGCAGCAGAUACAAGGUAUAAAAUGCGCCCCUCCAAUUCCAACCCUCCACUUCUCAACUAAUUUUCUACUUUUAGACCAUAUGAUGUCGUCGUCAUUGGAGGGGGUCAUGCGGGAGCAGAAGCUUGUGCGGGAGCUGCGCGAUCUGGUGCUAGGACUGCAUUGAUUACGCCGAAACUCGAGAAUAUUGGUGUUUGUUCUUGCAAUCCUAGUUUUGGGGGGAUCGGGAAGGGGACUAUGUUGAGGGAGGUGGAUGCGCUGGAUGGUGUUGCGGGGAGGAUUAUUGACAAGGCGGGCGUGCAAUUUAAGGUGUUGAAUCGGAAGAAAGGUCCUGCGGUUUGGGUAGGUGGUUAUUGUGGUGGCGGCACUUUGAUGUUGCGUGCUAAUGUUUGUUAGGGCCCUAGAGCGCAAAUCGAUAGGGAUUUGUACAAGAAGCAUAUGCGGGAGGAGUUGGAAGCGUAUCCGAACCUUUCAAUUGUAACGGGCAGUGUGGCCGAUAUCAUAGUUUCGAAGGACGAGGGUGAGACGCAAAAUGGCAAGAUUACAGGUGUGCGACUGGAAUCGGGAGAAAUCAUACCUACGAAACAAGUGGUCAUCACGACUGGCACAUUUUUGGGCGGUGAGAUCCAUAUCGGCUUAGAAUGUUAUCCUGCAGGGCGCAUGGGUGAAGCGGCAACAUUUGGCUUGAGCAAAUCGUUGAAAGAUGCUGGUUUUACUUUGGGAAGACUAAAGACUGGGACACCUCCUCGGCUUGCAAAAGAUUCGAUCGAUUUUAAGAAUCUUGCCGUGCAGCCAGGAGAUCAACCACCGAAGCCUUUCAGUUACCUCAACGAAACUGUUUCUGUUCAGGAGCAAUUACUCUGCCAUGCUACGUAUACGAAUGAGGCUUCGCAUGCUGUGGUCCGGGCAAAUUUGGAUAAGUCUAUACACAUUAGAGAGACUGUGAAAGGUCCCAGAUACUGCCCGUCGCUCGAAUCCAAGGUCAUAAGAUUCUCUGAUAAAGAUAGACACAUUGUAUGGCUAGAACCGGAAGGAUUUAACAGCGACAUCAUAUAUCCCAAUGGCAUUUCCAUGACUAUACCAGCGGAGGCUCAAGAGCAACUUUUGAGAACUAUCCCCGGACUAGAAAAUGUCACAAUGACAGCUCCAGGUUAUGGUGUAGAGUAUGAUUAUGUUGAUCCUCGAAGUCUAAAAGCAACACUGGAGACAAAGGCAAUUCAGGGUCUCUACCUAGCAGGUCAAAUAAAUGGUACUACAGGUUAUGAGGAAGCAGCCGCACAAGGCAUCAUAGCAGGCAUCAAUGCUGGACUUGCAUCACAAUCAUUACCACAAUUGGUUUUAUCUCGCAGUGAUGGGUACAUUGGAAUCAUGAUCGAUGAUCUAAUCACUAAAGGUGUUUCCGAACCUUACCGCAUGUUCACGUCUCGCAGCGAAUACCGCAUGAGCGCCCGAGCCGACAACGCCGAUUUGCGACUUACAGAAAAGGGGAGAUUGGCAGGAGUAGUAGGUGGAAAACGUUGGUCCGCCUUCAAUGAUGAGGUCGCUCAAAUGGAAGGUCUCAAAUCGGCUCUUGAAAAAAGUACAUUUAGUGCUCCGGUUUGGAUCAACGAUGGUUUCAAAGUAUCAAACGAUAGUACUAUGCGAAGUGCCCUAGACGUCCUACGAAUCCGGGACGUAACAAUCAACGAUUUGUCAAAUCGUAUCCCAGAAAUUUUGACCUACACCCAACGAAUCAGAGAUAGAGUUGGCAUUGAAGCCGUUUAUGCGCCAUAUGUCACACAACAAAAAGCAGCACAGAGAGUCUUUCAAAAAGAUGAAAUGCUUAAAUUGCCGGUGGAUUUAGAUUAUGAUUCUAUACACGGGAUUUCCAUGCAUGAGAAAUCGGUGUUGAAGAUGACAAAACCCGAGAGUGUGGGACAGGCAAGAAGAAUUGAGGGUAUGACGCCGAGUGGAUGUUUGAGGUUGUUGGCUUUUGUCAGGGAGAGGUCGAGGGCGGUUCAGAAGGCUAAUACGUUUGAGGAGGUUGCUAGAAAGAAAGUGGAGAGGGGUAUAUUUAGUGAGGGGGAAGGAAGAUUGAUAUGAUUGGGUUGUUCUGUGGUGAGGGGAUGAAAGUGUAUAGAUAUGCAUUGCAACGGCGUUUAGGUGAAAGGUUUGGCGGAAGGAUACGAUACUUUGGAUUUUUAGAUGUGGACAGAUGCCACAAUGUAAAGAUAUUUCUCCGAGGUUAUAUGAAGCAAGCAAUGGACUUCAUAAAGACAAUAAAUUUCCAAUCUAGACAUAGUCGAUGCGGCCAAGGGUUAUCAAAUUCUACUACAAA